AUGAGACGACUGCUGACCCCAACCUCUAAUGAUAAUGCAGUAACUCUGCUGACCCUGUCCUCUAAUGAUAAGGGGACUCUGCUUACACCGCCCUCUAAUGAUAAUGAGGUGACUCUGCUGACCCUGUCCUUUCAUGAUAAUGAGGUGACUCUGCUGACUCUGCCCUCUAAUGAUAAUGAGUUGACUCCGCUGACGCUGCCCUCUAAUGAUAAUAAGGUGACUCUGCCCUCUAUUGAUAAUGAGGUGACUCUGCCCUCUAUUGAUAAUGAGGUGACUCUGCCCUCUAAUGAUAAUAAGUGUGUGUCCGUGUCCUCCCUGCACGUGUUACUGUUACAGUAUGGUUUCUACAUUGUAGCAGCUUGCGGCUCUUGUCUCUAUGAGACCUUUCUUCACUUCUUGGUCACCUCAUCAUCUACACCAGCUCCAUCUACACCAACCUCAUCAUCUACACCAGCUUCAUCUACACCAGCCUCAUGUUGUACAUCAACUUCAUUACCCUCACCAGACCUAUCUCCUACACCAGCCUUAUCUAAACUAGCCUCAUCAUCUACACCAGCUUCAACUACACCAGCCUCAUCAUCCACAUCAGCAUCUACAUCAGCUUCAUCAUCCUCACCAGUCUCAUCAUCUACAGCAGCCUCUCCAUCAUUACAAACCUCAUCAUCUACACCAGCCUCAUCAUUCUCAUUGUCCUCAACCUCCACAGCAGCGUCAUCACCUACACCAGCCUCAUCAUCCUCACUGGUCUCAUCAUCUACACUAGCUUCAUCUACACCAACCUCAUCAUCUACACCAGCUCCAUCUACACCAACCUCAUCAUCUACACCAGCUCCAUCUACACCAACCUCAUCAUCUACACCAGCUCCAUCUACACCAACCUCAUCAUCUACACCAGCCUCAUCAUCUACACCAGCUUCAUCUACACCAGCCUCAUCAUCUACACCAGCUUCAUCUACACCAGCUUCAUGUUGUACAUCAACUUCAUUACCCUCACCAGACCUAUCUUCUACACCAGCCUUAUCUAAACUAGCCUCAUCAUCUACGCCAGCUUCAACUACACCAGCCUCAUCAUCUACAUCAGCUUCAUCAUCUACAUCAGCUUCAUCAUCCUCACCAGUCUCAUCAUCUACAGCAGCCUCUCCAUCAUUACAAACCUCAUCAUCUACAUCAGCCUCAUCAUUCUCAUUCUUCAUCAUCCUCAUCAUCUAUAUCAACCUAGUCAUCCUCACAAGUCUCAUCAUUUACACCAUCCUCACCAUCUACACCAACCUCAUUAUCCUCACCAGCCUCACACCAUCAUCGUCAUCAUUCUCAUCAUCCUCCCCAUCCACACCCGCCUCACCAGCCUCAAUAUCUACCAGCCUCAUUGUCUACACCAGUAUCACUACCUACACCAGCCUCAUCAUCCUCACCAGUCUCAUCAUCUACACCAGCCUCAUAAUCUACAUCAACCUCAUCAGCCUCAUCAUUUACACCAACUUCAUCAUCCUCAACAUCUACACCAACCUCAUUAUCCUCACCAGCCUCAUCAUUCCCAUCAUCCUCCCCAUCCACACCAGCCUUAUCAUCCCCACCAGCCUCAUCAUCUUCACCAUCUACCCCAGUCUUACCGUUCUCAUCAUCUUGUUCUCAUCAUCAUGUUUCAAGACGCUCGGAAGGCAAAACAAAACUGUGGAAGAAAAAGACGUCUUAUCAGAGACCAUGUCCUGGAUGGAAAGUUAUCACAAAGUAUGA